UAUUUACAACAUUUGUCUGAAGCCUUCGCGACGCUGCUGUCCAUCACAGACAGACAGACAGGGAGUCAACCCGUGGGUGAGACAGCUUUUUUAUUUUCCCUCUGCUACACCAUGGCUGUUGCUUCCAGUUCGGACUUCUUUUGUGCAUUUUGGAGAUAUAUUUCCCACAAUGUUGGCGAGUGAAAUCCGUCUACCUUGUGUACUGCAGUGGUGCGCAGCUUCGCCUGGAGAAACACCUGUACGCCUCUUCUCUCCACUGGCCCCACAGCCAUGAAUGUUGAAUAGGCAACAGAUUACCCCUAAGGCGCGGCGUCUGUCUGCAUUUAUCUAAGAGAACGAAGCAGAGAGGGAGCAGCACAAAUACCGCACAGCCAGACAUCAUGCAAGGCGAAACCUUCCCUCGCUGCAGAGUGCUGAAAUGUUAGGACUGAAGAGCAAGAGUGUCAGAUCGAAUCAGCAGACUGUUUACCGUAGGGGGAGCAAUAAGAGCUGCUUGACACUAUACUCACUAACGCCCUGUGUGUGGUUUAAUGCCCCUUUCAAUCACAAUCAAGAAAAGACGCGUUAACUGAUCUUUCAUCAGCAGUUUUUUCAGCCAACGUCAGAUUCAGCAAUCUGAGCCGAGAUGGAGUGGUCACUGGAGAACGUGAGGGAGAUGGUGGCUGGAGGCAUGCAGUCCAUAAGGGAGUGUGAGAUCUGUGCUUUUGCCAUAGCCAUGUGUGUUCUGCUGCUGUUUAUGUGGUACUGUUACAGGGUAGGCCGGGAGCACGGCUCCAGCCCUCUGCGUGGGAGGUAUCUGUCUGGGCCCAGUCGGAUCGGAGGAGUGGUGGGGGGCUUCAUGAGUUCAGACUGUCGCAACAGGGGCAAAGGGAAGCAGGGGUCAAUGUUAGAGGAACAGAACGGCUUCGCUUUCUGCCAGUCAUCAGAGUGCUUUCGAUGCACCAGCGCUGGAGAGAGUCUGAACCAGAAGCUCUAUCAUAGCCUGCAGGACUACGCCAAACGCUAUACCUGGUCAGGAAUGGGCAGGGUGCACAAAGGAGUCCGUGAUCAAGGCCGAUACCUAAACAGCAGACCCACCAUCCAGCGGCCAGAGGUCUUCUUCCUCCCAGACCUGCCCUCAGCCCCGUUCUUCUCCAGAGAAGUGCAGAGACAUGACGUGGAGCUGCUGGAGCAGAGCUUCCCCGCCCUCAUGGCCGAGUUUGAGAGCAUCUACCACCAACCCCCGGCCCGCAGCGGCUCCUCCCUGCCACCAGGGUGGAAAUCCAACAACACCCCGCGUGGGCAGUGGUGGACCUACUACCUGGUCAACCAAGGCACCCCCCUGGUUCUCAACGUGAGGAGGUGUCCGCGGGCCUGGAGGGUGCUGGGCCAGCUGCGCACCUUCAUCGCCAACAACGUGUUUGGAAACGCCUGCUUCUCCGUGCUGACUCCUGGAGCGCUGAUCACUGAGCAUUACGGUCCAACAAACGUCCGGCUGCGCUGCCACCUGGGUCUCAGAGUGCCCCCCUCUUGCGAGCUGGUGGUUGGUGGAGAGCCACAGUGCUGGUCUGAGGGCAGCUGUCUGCUUUUCGAUGACUCCUUCCUCCACAGGGCCUUCCACGAGGGAGGUGCAGAGGAUGGCCCCCGGGUCGUCUUCAUGGUGGACCUCUGGCACCCUAAUGUGGCCGCUGCUGAGAGACAAGCCUUGGACUACAUUUUUACUCCAGGUCGCUUAGAGGACAAAGAAGGGAAAUAGGUGUGAGUGAGAAACCAUGUCUGACCGAGAGACAGAUGGUGUUUUAGGGAGGUGUCUGUAGGAUUGGGGAGCCACUCUUUUUCUGCCUCCAGACCAGCUCUCACAUCCACUGUGUACAUAUUCUCUGUCUCCUAUCUCAUAACUCUUUUAGCAGAUGACCAAACAUUGGGCCUCCUUUAUCAUUCAUGUUUUUGCCUGUAUAAUAAAAGGCAACCACAGAUUUUUUCAAAAUUUAGCAGGAGCACGAUUGUUCAUGCAGCCAUCUAAAUAACGUGGCAGGGACAUUUUGCAUCGUUGAAUGUUAAUGCAUUUGUAUAUAGAUGAAUGCUGUGAAAGAACGGUCAAUAAAAGCUUUUCUGUUCCAUAUUUUACCCAUAUAAGAUUAUUUGGACAUCUCAUAUUAGUUUAAAUUCUGCUUGAAACAGUUCAACAGUAGAGAGCAAAGUACAUUACAGAUUUGAUUAAUGGCUCAAAGCAAGCCAAACAAUAUCUGUCACCAUCUUGCUUUUCUGCUUUACAGUAUGUAUGGAGCCAUGAGGCAAAAUAUUAAUUUAGCUCUACAUGAACUGAAGUCAUUGGGGUAGCAUUUCUGGGUCCAGAGAUAUCCCAGCUUGUGUCUCCAAUAUUGGUGGUAUUACUUUGCACUUAACAUCUAACACUGAUUGCUUUACACUUACUGUUACACCUAUAUCUUUGCAAGGGCUAAAAAUCUGAUCGUUAGACUUUUUAUAACUCAACACAUCCGGUCACACUUCAGAUGCAUUAUUUUAUUCAAACAAAAACGAUUGUCAGUGAUGUUACACAUUUUUCAUUACUGGUACACACUUCUUUUUUUUACUGUUUUCAUGACGAGAGGGUAAUUCUCUUGGUAGUAAAAUAGUGACAUCUUCAGUGAUUGUAGUGCCUAUGUUCAUUGCUGGAUGACUUAAAGCCUCCUGUUCAAACUAUUGUCAUAAACACGUUAAGCCAUAUCACAGAAAUGUGUAGCUUUCCUAAAACUGAUUAAUGGUAAAAUAAACAAAUGCAGUGUCCUUCUGCAAGUGUCCGUUUAGUCACUUUCAUGAUGCAUAAUUGGGGCUUCUUAACUGUCAACUGUUAAUACCUAAACUAAAGAAAUGCUGGACGUGCUUUAUCAUUAGGGUUAAUUUAAUUUGUCCUAUUCAUAUGUGCUUUGAUAGAUAUUUGAUAACUGAGGUCCAAUGUUGAUGAUGUCAUGAAUGUUUACAGACGCAGCUAAUGUCUUGGUCCGGACUCCUGCCGAUGUGGUAGUUUAUGGUUUAUUGUGCUCCCCUUGGAAAAAAUCAAUCCUGCUUUCAAAAGACUCGGUUAGAAAAGCACAUUUUUAGGUCAAAUUGUGUGAGUCGGCCUGUGCUUGAUAAGAAGCGUUUUUGGUAAAUUUACUAAACUCUUGUAAUUUGGUUGUAUUUGAUAUCAGGUUUGUAUUUCUGUAAAUAGGGUUGAGGUAAAAAAAAAAAAAGCGGUUUGAGAUGAUUGUCUUCAAUGCUAUAACUAUUGUGUUGUCUUGAUUUACAGCUACAGUGAAUGCAUUUCAUUCUCUGUUCUCAUAGAGCCAGCCAUUAAGUAAUUUUGAAUACAUUUGUAUAUUCUGUAAAAUGUUUAUGAAGUACUAUCUCUGUUGUUCUGUGAAGUAUUUUUUUUUAUUUAUUAACUUCUCUACAUUUGCAGGAGUUUAGCGCCAUAAUUAAAGCCACAAUCCUUAAUUCUUCAACAGCACUUCAUGAAUAUAUGUGCACUAAAGUUAGAGAAAAUUAAUCUUCAGCUUUACAGGUCCAUCGCAAUUCAAGAUACCCAUCUAUUAAAAUGUAAUGUUUACAAAGUGAUUUACAAGCUGUUUACACGACGCCGACACUCACAUUGAGCUGUCCAUAAUUAGGUUUAAAAUCAACAGUGCUGUCAAUCCUCUUAAGAGUAUGAAAACUGUCAUUCCCAAAGCAUUUGCUUUACAUAUACAGUGUAUGAUGGGGCAGCCAUUUUGUUUACAUUAGAAUUAAGAAGUUGUCCUCUAACACAUUCUUGUGUAGUUUUUGAACAGUAUUUCUGUACAUUUAAUAAAUGGUUGAGUCUCUUAUUUAA